UCUGUCUCGCGAGAGGUAUAUAAGGCCGCGCUGCCUCCAACUCCACACAGUACUCCAAGACACACCAUAGAUAUGAAGACCCUGAUCGUUGUAGCAUUCCUGGCUGCCAUGUGCUUGGUGGCCACAAACGCUGAGCCUUCCCCAGAUGCCGAACCCGGUCACUUCAGGGGAGGUUUCGGAGGAUUUCGAGGAGGCAUCGGUGGGGGCUCCCAUGGAAGUGGCUUCGGGGGAGGAUAUGGAGGAUAUCGUGGAAGGAGGAGUGCCGAAGCCAACCCUGAGCCCGUUGCAGACCCUGAAGCCGAUCCCGGUUACCUAGGUAGUAGAGGCUUCGGCGGUGGUAGAGGUUUCGGCGGUGGCAGAGGUUUCAGUGGUAGCUUCGGAGGAGGACGUGGGGGAUUUGGAGGAAAUAGAUAUUACGAUUACAAAAGAAUGAAACUUACGCAAGAAGAGAGCAACAAGUCAUUCAUGUCCUUGAGAAGUCGUCUAAUCUCUGUCUCGCGAGAGGUAUAUAAGGCCGCGCUGCCUCCAACUCCACACAGUACUCCAAGACACACCAUAGAUAUGAAGACCCUGAUCGUUGUAGCAUUCCUGGCUGCCAUGUGCUUGGUGGCCACAAACGCUGAGCCUUCCCCAGAUGCCGAACCCGGUCACUUCAGGGGAGGUUUCGGAGGAUUUCGAGGAGGCAUCGGUGGGGGCUCCCAUGGAAGUGGCUUCGGGGGAGGAUAUGGAGGAUAUCGUGGAAGGAGGAGUGCCGAAGCCAACCCUGAGCCCGUUGCAGACCCUGAAGCCGAUCCCGGUUACCUAGGUAGUAGAGGCUUCGGCGGUGGUAGAGGUUUCGGCGGUGGCAGAGGUUUCAGUGGUGGCUUCGGAGGAGGACGUGGGGGAUUUGGAGGAAAUAGAUAUUACGAUUCGAAACUUACGCAAGAAGAGAGCAACAAGUCAUUCAUGUCCUUGAGAAGUCGUCUAAUCUCUGUCUCGCGAGAGGUAUAUAAGGCCGCGCUGCCUCCAACUCCACACAGUCCUCCAAGACACACCAUAGAUAUGAAGACCCUGAUCGUUGUAGCAUUCCUGGCUGCCAUGUGCUUGGUGGCCACAAACGCUGAGCCUUCCCCAGAUGCCGAACCCGGUCACUUCAGGAGAGGUUUCACAGGAGGAUUUGGAGGAGGCAUCGGUGGGGGCUUCCAUAGAGGUGGCUUCGGGGGACGAUAUGGAGGAUAUCGUGGAAGGAGGAGUGCCGAAGCUGACCCUGAGCCCGUUGCAGACCCUGAGGCCGAUCCCGGUUACCUAGGUAAUAGAGGCUUCGGUGGUGGCUUCGGUGGCAGAGGUUUCCGUGGUGGCUUCGGAGGAGGACGUGGGGGAUUUGGUGGACGUGGAUAUUACGGCUAAUUUCCGGCCAUCUAAUCAGCCAUGGUUCUUAUGACUGCAGUUAAUAUCUAAAUUGAAAAAUACUAAAUAUAUAUAUCAGUUUA